AUGGUCCAAGGCGAGUUUCUCUGGCAUUGGGUGAGAGUACUUGGGCGACUGAAACACAAGGUGAUCAGCUGGCCUGAAGAAGAGUACAAUCAUUCCGGAAGAACAAUCCUCUUGACUGUCGACGGCAUUGAUUUUAGGACCUACGAGAGAUCGACCGACGACUACAACGUCGAUAGAAAACAAUACAGUCACAAGUUUCAUCAUGGGGCGUUGAAAUAUGAAAUUGGAGUGGACGCAUUUUUGCCAAAGAUCGUUUGGAUUCACGGACCGUGGAGGGCUGGUAUGCAUGACCGAGCGAUCUUUGCAGAAGGAGGGGGGUUGAGAGAAAAGAUUCCUGAAGGCAAAGUAGUCAUUUGCGAUCGAGUCUACAAGGAUUCGAAGUAUAAGGACAACGACGAACUGAUGCUGCCAUGUGUUGGCGACAGUUCUGGACUAUUCACAUUUAAGUCUCGUCUCCGGUCAAGGCAUGAGAGUUUGAAUGGUCGACUGAAGGACUAUCGAAUCCUCUUCGAUACAUACCAUCACAACCCCGAUAAUCACGUCUAUGCUUUUGAAGCGGUGGCUGUUCUUGUCCAGUAUGCGAUGGACCAUGGGCAUCCUAUCUUUGAAGCAAAUACUGUACCACCAGAGUGA